GUUUCAGCGGGGAGACUUUUAGGGCCGCAACCCUCGAAUGCAAUCUUAGCGAUGAGAACAUUUAAAAACACAUCUCACUCCAUGUCAUUGUCGCCAGAUGACGAGUCUGUUCUAUUCCCUUGGACGUAGCGGCUCCAGACUCCGAGUCCUCGCCAGGCAGAUGAGCCAUGCCGUGCCCACGGGGGAACCGGCGUCUCCCGUCACGUCGGGCCCCGAAGGAGCCGGCGCGGCACCACCGCGACCGCCGCCGUCGCGCUCCGCGGCCAUCCUCGUGGUGGGAGACGAGAUCCUGAAAGGACGGACCCCGGACACCAACUCGCACUUCAUGUGCACGCGACUGCGAGCCCUGGGCGUGCGGGUGGAGCGCAUCUCGGUGCUGGGCGACUCGGUGCCGGCGCUGGCUGAUGAGUUGGCGCUCCUCGCCGAGCGCCACUCGCUGGUCAUCGCCUGCGGAGGGGUCGGACCGACGCACGAUGACGUCACCUUCGAGGCCGUGGCCCGGGCCUUCGGGGACACGCUGGUGCCAAACCCUGAGCUGGUGGCGCUCUGCCGUACCGUGUUUGGCGAGGCGGAGACCGGUGACGCGCGAAUGAAGCUGGCGUCCGUGCCUUCGACUGCGACGCUCAACUACGGCAUCGACAAGAAGACGGGGGAGCGCUUCAGGUUCCCUGUGGUGAGCGUGCGCAAUGUCUUCCUGUUCCCGGGCAUCCCCACGCUGCUUGAGAGAGCGUUCGUGGGAGUGGAGGACCUGCUGGUGGCGGUGGUGGGCGCCGGGACACCCAUGGCGACGGAGCACUCGCGCGAGAUGUUGGUGAACACCGACGAGGUGUCCAUCGCGAGCGUGCUCAACGAGGCCGAUGCUCGCUUUCGGCCGGCCGUGCAGCUCGGCUCCUACCCGGACUGGCUGUGCAACUACUAUCGCGUCAAGCUGACCCUGGACGGCGAGUCGGAGGGCGCCGUGGACGCGGCGUUCCGCUUCCUGGAGGAGCGGCUCCCUGCGGGCUCCGUGGUGCGGAUGGAGCGGCAGCCGGUGCAUGUCGCCGCCCUUGCCGUCUACGAGCUCUCUGGCUCCGGUGACCAGGUCCCCGCUGGAGAGCGCGUGCGCUCGGCGCUCGCCGUGCUGGACGAGGCGCUCGGCCGCUUCUCCCUCGACGAGCUCUGCGUCGCGUUCAACGGCGGCAAGGACUGCACCGUGCUGCUGCACCUCUUCUACGCGGCCGCCGCCAGAAAGUAUAAGGAGCAGCUGGGCACCGUGCACUGCUUGUACAUUAAGAUGCCGGGUGCUUUCCCUGAGAUGGAGCAGUUCAUUAAGGAGACGUGCCCAAGGUACGGCGCCGAGAGCCACGUGUACGAGGGCGACCUGCGGACUGCGCUCGGCGAGUUUGCGCGCUGCCGCCCGCGCUCGCGCGCCGUGCUCAUGGGGACGCGGCACACGGACCCGGGGCCCCGCACGCUGGCGUCCGUGUGCCCCACCGACCCCGGGUGGCCUCCGCUCCUCCGCAUCAACCCGCUGCUCGACUGGAGCUACCACGACAUCUGGGCAUUCCUGCGGACCCUCUUUGUCCCCUACUGCAUUCUCUACGACAAGGGGUACACGUCGCUGGGCAGCCGCAAGAACACGAGAAAGAACCCAUCGCUGUGCUAUACCAACGCCCGCGGCGUGGAGAGCCACCGCCCUGCCUACCAGCUGGAGGACGCGAGCCACGAGCGGCACUCGCGAGCCUGACGCUCCCCCCCCCCGCGCCACUACCCACGGAGACGCGCCACCACAAACGCCACCACCGAUGAUGCCCCUGCGCCACUACCGAUGGAGAAACGCCACCACAAACGCCACCACAAACGCCACCACCGAUGAUGCCCCCGUGCCACUACCAACGACGCCCCCAGCAGUGAAAGUGGCUGCAGUGUCUCACGCUCUAUGGGCUAUGUGAGCAAGUCCGGUGCGGCAGCAUAUGCCGAGACAGUGGCCCCCAACACCGAGCGAAAAGUGGAUAAAUGUUGAAGCCAUAUUAAGGUUUGAUUAGGAGGCACGAACUGUGAGGAGUAGGCAGAAUAGCCAAUCAGACUGACUGAAGUCAUACCCAUAACCCUAACAAACUACCCAACCUGCUCUUAGCACUAAUAUCCACAACCACAUUAGCUAUCAAACCUUAAUGCUACAUCUAAACCUAAUUACACUUACCAAUGACACCAUAUACCUAAACCUAAUCACACUUAAACAAGAUUCCAGAUUUGCCUCUUAACCGCAUUGGCAAACAAGUCCUUAGUACUACCUCUCACCCUCCUAACCUUAAUCCCACCAGACUCUAGCACUAGCCCUGAUCAUCACCAUUAAGUGUGUGAUGAUGCUUUCAUUCGUCCACUAAAAUAGAUUUUUACGCUCAUUACUUGCAACAAAUUGUGCACGAGUAUUGAUUACUUUGGAUUUAUAACAAAAUAUAUAUGCAAGUAAUAUACUGAUGUAACACGCAUGCUAUUGGAGCAUGCGUGUGCAAACGAGCUACUCAUGAGACAUUAUUGCAUCUCAACCAUAAUUCAUGACAGUUUAUCAUAUUGGUAGGUGGGUGGGUAUAACACAUUGUCCUGCGGAGGGAGCUGGUAGGAACGUUGGGUUGCUCGGUCAAUGGCCAGGGUCAACGGCAGCGUGGUGUAUUCCGCAAAUAUGGCUGACUGUGAGGGUGGGCACAAGCCGGCGUGAGUAGGUUAAACGUUGAGUUUUAUAAGGGUGCCACGGGGUGGACCAGCCCCUCCCCACCCAGCCCCACCCCUCCCACCCUCCCCACCCAGCCCCUCCCCACCCUCCCCAC